AAAACGCAACUCACUAAAUCCUGCAACAGGCAUCUUCUCUCAUUGGCUACAGCAAUAUGACGUCACUGUAGUGGGUGGAAUUUCGAGAACGAAUUCUGAAGUUGGUUUUAGAAUUUUGCGUUUGGCAACAGCAGUUUGUUUUGUUUUCCAGCGUGGUUUUUUUCGGUUUUUGUUUUCGCGGGUAUAUUUUUGUGUUCAGUGCAUUUUCUGAUCGGAAUGUUCUAAUAGUCUUUUGCAAUCUUUUCUUUUUGGAAUUUUAUGGAACAAAAUAUCUGUAUAUUUGUGCUACGGCUGGAAAUGACUGAGCUGGCGGUGUAUUUCAUGUAAAGCAUUGGUUAUUUCCUGUUAAUUCUCAACACAGACGUUUUUUAUUUAUUUAUAUAAGCUUGUAUAAAUAAAUAAAAACGUUUGUGACUAUCCCUGCAAAAUUUGAUACACUUGGAAAAGAAAAAACAGGAAAUCAAGUACAUCCAUUAAAGUGAAAAAAUAAAAGCAAGAUGAACUCCCCAGGAAAUGGCAGUGGAGUGAAUCGUGAGCUGAGAGCAGCGACAGAGCGUCAAUCCGAAGAACAGUCUCCCAGGAAACGUCAGACCGAGCCCGGAGGAACGUCGGAAAGGAACAAACGAGGGCGGGCUGCAAAAGACGAAGACGUGAAGAGAGCGAGGACCGAAGGAUUGUACCCAUGGCGUGAUGAGCGGGGAUUGUUGCCCCUCCUUUUGGCUCUGGAUUAUGGGGAGGAAGCGAAGGCGGAGAUCCUGCUGGAAACUGCCACGGAUCUCAACAGCUCGGAUUGCUGCGGGCGGACACCUCUGCAUUUCACUGCAAAAAAAGGACACUUGAGAAUAAUACAGAAGCUGCUUGCCAGAGGAGCAGAUGUACGUCUGAAAGAUGAAAACGGAAGGACGCCCCUCCACUACGCCGUGUUGUAUGAGCAGGAGGCUGCAGCGGAGCUACUGUUGGAAUGCGUCGACAAUCUGGACGACCAGGACAAAGAUUCAGAGGACGUUCUGGUUUCGGCUAUAAAUGUAGGAUCUGUGCCGAUGGCGAAAAAAUUGUUGUUUAAAGGCGUGGGUCCGCACAAGACGGAAGGAUGCAGAGGAGAGGCUUUAGUGUUCUACGCUCUGAGGCUGGGAAACAAUGAUUUCGUGAAAGCCAUCGUCGCGACUUUGGCCUGGAGAGGCAUAGAAUUGUACUGGGAAGAUUUGAAGCGCAUGUGCAAGGAUACGGAGCGAUGCAUCCGACUGUUCUCGGAGUGCGAGGCCGAAAUCCGGAGGAUGAAGGGCACCUGGGUGGAAGGAUCCAGGCUGUUCUUCUACGAUAUCGCCCGGCUAGGCAAAUGCAGGUUGGCCCGGCGUCUUUCCGACGAAGCGAUCCGACGGCUCCUCCUCUCCGAUCGCGUGGAGAGGGAGUUUCCGAACUACGGGGACCUCCUCGCCUUGAAACUCGGGGAAGUCAAAGAGAGAAGGGACCUCGUGGGUAACUGUGUGCAGUGCUUCUCUCUCCUGGCCCCUCCCCUGCCCCUGACGUGUACGGACAUCAUCGUCCAUUGCCUGGCGGAUUACGACCUGCGAAGCUUCAUCCAUGCCUUCCAGUGAAAGUCAGAUUCCCAAAGUGCAUCGCGGUGAGAGAGA